GCGUCUAGAAUCCCUCAACUCGUUCAUUCCGUCUGCAGACGCUCAAGAAAUCAAAUUGUCUUUGCUUUGUUCUUAAAUUUCUUCCGGAAGUCCCUAUUUAGCCAGGAUGGGUAGGGAGGACAAAGCUACAUGGAAAGCGAAUUACUUCGUGAAAAUCGUGCAACUGCUCGACGAGUACCCUAAAUGCUUCAUCGUCGGUGCCGACAACGUUGGCUCGCGCCAGAUGCAGACCAUCCGUAUGUCUCUGCGUGGCACGGCCAUCGUACUCAUGGGCAAGAACACCAUGAUGCGUAAGGCUAUCCGUGGUCAUUUGGAGGAGAAUCAGAACCUGGAGAAAUUGCUUAAUCACAUUAAGGGAAAUGUCGGCUUCGUUUUCACUAAGGGUGACUUGGUUGAGGUUCGUGACAAGUUGAUGGAAAGCAAAGUUCGUGCCCCAGCCCGUGCCGGUGCUAUUGCACCUUUGGAGGUCGUGAUUCCAGCCCAGAACACUGGUCUCGGUCCCGAGAAAACAUCUUUCUUCCAGGCUCUGUCCAUCCCAACCAAGAUUUCCAAGGGUACAAUUGAAAUCAUCAACGAUGUGCCCAUUUUGAAGCCCGGAGACAAAGUCGGUGCUUCUGAAGCCACUCUGCUCAAUAUGUUGAACAUCUCUCCGUUUUCGUACGGUCUGCAAAUUGAGCAGGUUUACGAUUCGGGAUCGAUCUUCUCCCCGGAUAUUUUGGACAUCAAGCCCGAGGAUCUGCGCGCCAAAUUCCAGGCUGGAGUCGCCAACUUGGCUGCUGUUUCGCUCGAAAUCGGAUACCCAACUUUGGCUUCCGUACCGCACAGCAUUGCCAACGGUUUCCGCAACCUGUUGGCCAUCGCUGCCGUUACCGAGGUUGAGUUCAAGGAAGCCGAAACCGUUAAGGAGUUCAUCAAGGAUCCGAGCAAGUUUGCCGCCGUUGCUGCUCCAGCAGCUUCUGCCGCUUCCGCUGCUCCGGCUGCAGCCGCUGCCAAGGAGGAGAAGAAGGAAGAAUCCGAGUCGGAGGAUGACGAUAUGGGCUUCGGUCUCUUCGAUUAAGAAGCUAGCACAGUUCGAGUCAGUUGCAACGCAGUUCUUUUCCAAUAUCUAUUUCGUCGGACAGACAUUAGCAAUAUACCGGUCGUAUCUACUCGUCCGCGGUUUGUGACAGUGAACCGGAUGGCGAUAUACGACCAAAAAGUUGAGAAUUUACGUCUUUUCGUAACAUAUUGGGGAAGGGCGCUAUGUACUGGAACAAAUGUAAAUUUUGUUCAAUAAAAUCAUUUAAAACGUA